AUGGCUCUGAUUUUUGUGAUUAAUUCCUAUUUAAACGACAGUGCAUUUAGAGCGGUAAAAGGGAUGCAAAGUCCUAAACAAGGUAUGUGAAAGGGGUACAAUUUGUCAAUAGAAGGUAUACGAAAAGGGUACUUUUUUCGUGGAAAAUGGUAUAAAAAAGGGUAAGGGGUUGGACCUCGGGACAGAAGCUUCCCUGUAUAAACAUUUGUUGAGUACCUACCCCGGGAUCCUGUAUCGCCACGUCAAAGUGCGAGGUUUCUUGAGAUUCGUUAAUGAAGUUCUUGACUAAGCAUCUGAUAUAUAUGCAGUGUCCGGCUUGCCUAAGAAUUGCAGAAAAAGGUUAAACAAAUAACCAGGCCGUUAAUUUUGGUCUAGCUUUUGUUAUAAAGCUCAAGCUGGAAUUAAGUAUCCUCUGAACACGAAAUAAAAAAGGUGCCUUAAACCAAUAAACUACAAUACCCGUCACAAUUGUUGAAACACUUGCCACGUUACGCCCUCCCCAAUGUUGAUUCACGUAUCACCGAUUUGCAAAUAUACGCGAAUCUCAGCAUUAAUUGUGGAAAGGAGGAAAGAAGUACGACAUGCAGGGAAAAGUUAGAUCAGUUGGCUGAAAAGGUUUGACGUGAAAAAUCCUCAUUUCCAGUCUAAAGUUUCGACGAAGCUGUUUAUAGGACUUACCUCAGAUCAUUGUCAUGAACCGAUCUUUAAACUACAUUUUAUGAAAAUGUUCCAGAGAAAACUCUGGUUGAAAUUUUUGGCUGCUACAACCAAGCGAAUCAUAAGCAAUUCACGCUUUACGCCUGCCUUAUAGACACAUUUACCUGUCCGUAGGAACUAAACUUCGGCCUGCAGUUUUUUUAGAGUUUUCAGCUAUUCUGUUCCACCUCGAGGUCCAACCAGUUUCCCUGUUGUAUACCAUUUUUGACAGCCAAAGGUAGCCUAUCGUCUACCCUCUAGUGACAAAUAGUACCCCUUCGACAUGCCAGUUUAGAACGCUGCAUCCGUUUAACUGCUGUAAAUACACUGCCAAUAAAUAUGAAUAAGUCACUAAACCAGGAAGUCUUCUUGCCUUUUUCAUAGCCAUAAAAUGGUCUGUUAGCCCUUUUAGGGCCUUCCACAGACAGCAAUGACAGAUUUCCCUCCCCUUUUAUGUAUUUCAACUAGUGAAACCUUAAGUAUACCUGAAGCCUGAAAAAAAGGUACCUCUUCCAAAGGACAGAAUCAUGAAAAAGUGCACUAUAUUUGAGGACUGUAGAAGAGUGGCCCCUACUGUCAAACAUACUCAAGAGACCGAAAUCAAAUUCUAUUCCUAUUAUAUUUACAUCAUAAUUUUAUUGCACUCUCAUUUCCGGUUAUAUAAUCCUCCGUACAAGUUCAUUUGUCUCUCAAUAGUAUCAAUAACAUCUUCCAGUUUCAAAACCAGUACACACUUUAACAUUGAAACUCCUAGUUUUAAAACUCUUGGGUGCCCCUCUGCAAGCGAAGGGCACACAAAGACAGUUUCCCGGACUGAAAAUAUCUGUUCCAAGAAUCAAAUGUUGCCUAGAAAAUUCAAUACUUCCAGAAAGCCUAACAAUUACUAGAUGACUGGUCUAUUCAUUUCCGUCUCACAACUGCGAAUACAAAAUGAAGGAAGCAAGGCCGAAAGCAAGUUUUUUUUAUUUCAAGAUAGUUGAAACUUAUAAUAUUUCGGCUCUGUUGUAGAGUCAUAUUCGUAUAAUGCAAAGGCUUAUUUUGAAGUGUGAACGAUUUGGACAUUGAACCGACAGAGAGUGGGGGGUGGGGGGAGUCAAAAAAGGACUCCAAAGGAGAGGUUGACGGGCCAAAAUAGGGGAAGGAGAAGAGUAGGGGAGGAACCCUUCCUCUUUGCCUGCCCUUUCCCCUUUAGAUUUUCAGUUGCUUUCAUGAUGGCGGCCUCGAUCAAUGUACCUCUGGGUCGCGCUUUUGUUAAGGCUAAUAAUGAUAUUUUAACUUAAAUUACAAAGGCAUAAUGAUAUUUUAACUUAAAUUUCAUAGGCUUGUUAACAUUACGUAAUAUAACUAAAAGACUAGGUAAACAGCCAAACAGGUCUAACUCAGUCUUCAGAAGUUUUAAGUCCUACCAUUAACAAAGGUUUCAAAAAAAGUGACGGAAAAAGUUGCUAGAAAAUAUUUCAAUUUCCUAAACCUCUAAGACUUUCGGGAGAAUAAAACACACUAAGAGCCUUGAUACAUUCGAGAAGAUACAACUGAAGAAGAUACAUUCGAUGUCGUCCACGCCUCGAUUUUUCAAAGAUCUUGUCUCUUGUCUUAUUUGGUCUUCGCCAGUUGGUUGUGUAGUAAUGUCCUCGAUCUCUGAGAUUGCACUCGUGUCGAUUUCUAUUGGGCUCAGUGGUGCAUAAACAGGGAUGAUCUUGUGUUUGAUGUCAUCGUGUUUUUUUAAAUACGAACUGAAAAACGAGACUUCUUUGUUUCUGUCGAUAGGCAAAGUAACUUUAAGUUGUUCACAGCUUUUAUUUUGGGUAGUAAUACAGAAACUGAAGCUGCCAGCAUUAAGGACAUUAGAAUAAUCUUGUCAUUGUUUUAUUGUCAAAUUCAGAUUACUAAACCAUGAGACAACAAGCGAAAUACCUUCUUGGAUUCAUCAGCACCAUCACAUGGGUCUUCACGACAGGUAACUCAUGUAAUAAACCUUAAGCACAGAACAUCUUCCGUUAUUUAUAGUUUCUUUACUUAUUUUUCUAUAAACUGAGUACUUCUCAUGAGCGAAGUUGUGUGGAUGUCUCUUUUUUGUGAUCAUCGCUGUAUUCGUCAGCAUUUUCAUAUAAGACUUCUAUUGUUACAUAAGAAUAACUAACAAUACAUGAGACACACAAAAGGGUAAGGCUCACUUCCUUCCAUUAAAGGCGAUACUCAGGAGAUUCUUUCUUAAUAAAUGCGAUUUUUCCCCUUCAGCUCAAAACUCUUCUUCCCCGUCAUUUACUAUUGGUAAGUGGUUAGUUUUAUAUUUGUUGUUUUCUAAGUAAGUAAGGGAAACUCUAACAUUAUUCAUUCAGUUUUUACCGAUGAUGCCCUGUUAUUUGACAAUUCGUUUUAUUUAGUUUUAAGGAAUUCAAAUUGGCAUCAUAGUAGUCUUCUGGUGCAUGGUAGGGCUUGAAGGAAACUUACUCAGUCAUCAUCAAUAUGGUCAUCAAUAUAACCAAGGCAAUGACGUAAUUACGCAACUGACUAUCGAAAAUUGCUUAUAUCUUUGCCCAUUUUUAGCACGAAACUUACUCAAAGACACUUGUGUUACCAGCAAAACUGACACCGGCCAAUAAAAGAUGAUGGUGACUUUGUUCAUUUGGCUUCCGCAGUUCUGUUACACGUAAAUCUCGUUAUUGUACAGCGUUUUUUGUAACAAUUUAAACUCCGGGUUCAAACCUACCGGAUUCUUGGAUGAAGGCAGCGGGCGUGAACGCCGAUGGCAUAAAAUAAGUGUCGAAGGCAUUAACGUGUAGGGGAUCCGGGGGUACGCCCACCCGGAAAAUUUUUGAAGGAGGACUCUGAAUUUGCUGCGUUCCCAGUAACCAGACAUGCUCACAAUGAUUGCGCAUAGAAUAGAUGGUUCUGUCAAGCUGCCACGUUUUAAAAAAUCUAUACUUUAAUCCAUUUUCUCCGAAGCCAUCAUUAGCCAUCCUCACCCUCUAAUGCAAUGUAAAUAUAAAGCCAUUACCUACUGGAUUGUCUUGUCGAUCCAGUUGUGUUCUUUAGGUUAUCAAAUUCUCGAAAUCGCGCUUAAAUCUCAAAGUUGCUCCGUUAACAGUUUUUUCUGUUGUUCUCAAUAGAAAACUAGAAAAAAAGAAGCAGAAAACGCCGUAUUCUGUAUUCUUUUCGUUAUACUAAUACUAUUGUCGAUUGUUAGAUAGGUUUGUGUUACAGCGUAAUAAAUGCCUAACAAACAGUUUUGAAAGUUUCUCUUAUCCCUUAAUAUUACCAACAGAAAUGCCUCAAUCUUCUAAGUAAAUAAAAAUCCUGCGGUGAAGGCAAAACGGAAAAAAAAAAUUGUGUAAUAGCUACUGAAAUUCGGUCUGAUCUCCGGUUAAUAAUUAAAUAAAGAUAUCAUUAUGGAUAAAUGAAGUUGUUACUCUUCUUUUUUCACGAAAGCUCCACCAGAAUACUGUAGGAGCGACAACAGGACGCUAUAAAAUUCGGCGAUAUGUGGAAACCAAGCCUCAUGACACGUGUACUUGUACUCCCGUUCAAUUUAUAGUAUGUUGUAUUAUUGUCACAACUAUAGAGUUUUUCUGCAAGGACUACGAUGGAAACAGAAGAAAUCCGAGCGACAUUUGGCUGGAAAAUCCUCAGCUGAAAUGUAGAUGCUUGGACAACAACUUUGUAAUUUGCGAUAGUUUACCUAAGCCCAUGUGCCAGGAUAUUAACGGAAUAUUUCGAAAGAAUAUGGAGACCUGGAUGAACGGUUCCUGCGUGGAAUGCACUUGCAGCAAUGGUACCAUCAACUGCACUCAAACGAUUAUCAGUAUAACUUACGGACUAUAUAACGUCUCAGUAUUUCCGACUUGUGAAGGUUGCACAUCACAAGAAACACAAACCUUCAGUGCUUGCAAAGGUGAGAAAUUAGUUUUAAAGUAUUGCAGAGGGACUUUUAAGGUUCACCUUAAGUGGUGCUCUGCAGUUAUUGUUAUACCUAGGAUUUGUUUAUUACGAGUUAUUACGAUUUUUAGAUGCAAAAAAAUCGAUGUGUCCUUUUAAAGAAUGUUUUGAAGAUCAACAAGUCCUUUUCCCUCCUUAUUUUAGCCUUCAGCGAUAGUAGAGACAACUUAAUCGGCUGCGAAAGCGAGGGACUUUAUAUCCGGGACAUUCAUCUCUGUAAUGGAAUCGAGGAAUGCCCGGAUGGAUCAGACGAAAAAGGAUGUGAAAAUGGUGUGUAUGAAGUCUUGUGUUAUUGAUAUUUUCUUGCCUAGGAUUAACAGUCCACACCAAACAAAAAAGAGAGAAUAAUUUUCUCAGACUUUAACUUCACUAAAACGUGACCAUAAUUCUAAUGCAAGGAGAGCUGUCAGUACCCAUAUUUCGCUUUUACUGUCACUAUUCCCUUGUUCCUUAUAGUAAAACAACCACACCGUUUGAAGAUUUACAUGAGAAAUACUGACAUGCAUAAGAAGCUUUAAAAUCGUGGCGUCAGCAGUACAUAAACAAAGACAGGGGCGCACACACAGUGAAAGCAUGUACCGUACCGCAAAUGAUCCUCAACCGUAAAUGAUCUCCACUGGAUUCAAGUUACUGUGUCCAGUUUAUCAUCACAACAAAAAGAACUAAAUGGAUUAAAUCUGGCCUCACAAAAAAAUUGCAAAAAAGAGAGUAACUGUAAAACACCAUAUACAACUUUGUUCAAUCAAUGAAGCACAAAUAAAUGCAAAUACUAAGAAAUAAAAAUUAAGAAGUAUCUUUAAAAAAAGGAAAUAGCUCUUGACCUGCUCAGCAACGUAGUGUCUUGCUUAAUUACUGAUUAACAUUAAAGAUAAAAUAGACUUAAUUCCAACAUACCGAGGUUAAAUUAGAAAUAAUAUUUUUAGGAAGAAAUUUCACAAUCCAAUCUAUCGGAUACUCAGUAUCAACUUGUAACCGCGAAAGUCUCUGAAACCGGUCCACACAUAAAAAUUCCGCUCUAUUGUGGUCCCCCUUUAGAGAAUUCUGAUAUAGGCACAAAAAAUUACGCUAACUCGUUUCGUAUCUCAUACCCUGAUUUUGUGUCUUUGUCACUGUCUCCAGCAGCAAAGGCACUAGAAAUGAAUACACACACUAGAGCCGAUAACGUCCUUUUCACCAGCUGUAGUUGCUACUAUUUUGAAAUAAACCGAAAACCUGUACAGAGUGAUAAAUUUAUGCGGGUUCAUAUUUUCGUAUUUCUCUAUGGUAAAAAAAAGACUAGUUUCCUGUUUGACGUCCCUCUUGUCUUAAAUUUUCACAGAAAGAAACAUCAAUGCGAAAAACAAAGGAGAAACAAUCGCCUAAAGAAGAAAAACGGUUGUUUAUCGUUUUAAUUCAUUUCAUUGUUUUACGUAUUGUUCAAUUCCUCAGCACCAUUCACCAUCCACGCCUGAAAUCCAUUCCAUUCCUCUACUUUUCACGGGAUCAUUUGCGGUCUCUUUUGGGGACCAUUUGCGGUCGGGGAUCAUUUGCGGUACUGUAUGCAUGUUCAAAUCAGAUAAAUUGAAAUUAUCUGAUUCCUCUACUUUUCACGGGAUCAUUUGCGGUCUCUUUUGGGGACCAUUUGCGGUCGGGGAUCAUUUGCGGUACUGUAUGCAUGUUCAAAUCAGAUAAAUUGAAAUUAUCUGAUUUCCACGAUUACUUCCAUUUAUCCUUAUGACCUUUCUAUUUGUGAACUACUGCCAGGGGUUACUGGUUAUUUGUUCUCAUUGUUAGUUUUUCCUUCAUUAAUAGUCUUUAACGACUGACCUUAAUAUAUUCAGUAAUUUACGUAAGUUGGGAGUCAAUGUGAGAGAACCUAACGAGUAUAAACCUAGCCGAAAAAUGAGUAUUGAUAGGUUUUCCUUCAGCAAAUAAUACACAUUUGCACAGUUUCUUUGGAUCAGCUAUCGGGGCACACUGAUAACAUUUCUACCCUUUAAAACAAAGGGAUGUUUCUAAUAUCGGUUUUCCAACACCCAGCUUAACGCACAGCUGAAAAAGUCACUCUAUAACCCUAAAAGACUAAAAGUGUACACAGUCUAAGUUUAUGCAAAAUUACUUUGUCAUUCAAUUUUAGUUAUUUGUUAUGACGAGGAAGGUGGUACUUUCAUAAUAAAGGACAGAGUUAAGGGAUGGAAAGUUUCUCCGUGUCUCAGUUGCCAUUGCAAAGGUGGCUUAACAACAUGUAAAAGAGACUUAACCAUCAACUUUCCAGGAUAUUUCCGAAGUAUUUACAGCCAUGUACAGAACUGUACUCAGCCAUCCUGUAGCGUCCUGAAGUUUGUACGGGAAAACAGAGAGUGGUGUCAUGGUAAGACUAGAAAUACUUGGUUCGCAGCAAGCUAGAUAAUACCCAACUACGUGUUUCUACCUCGCUAAGUGGCCUUAGGGCUCUCGCUUCGCGAAGAAUUAUAAAGGCAAUUGACCCAUUUUUUUUGAAGUAUUUCUAAAUCAACCAGUAUUUCACUGAAUGGUUUAAUUCAUGCAGAAGACCAUCAGCAAACGUCAGAGACAAACUUCUGUGCUUACCAUUCGCCGGCUAUUUCUUAUCUCACUUCAUAUCUGUCAUAUCUCUUACUUAGGCAAGGCAACGGAUUGGUUAGAAUUUGUCUCAAAAAUAUUCAAUAGUGUAACUCCUGUAGAGAGGAGAUCUUUUAAAAUACUGUUCAGACGUGUUAAAAAGAUUACUAUUAGAAGCCUUCGGAUUGUGGCAUCAGCACUCCUUUCGCCCAAACUUCAUUCAAAAUAUUUUUCCGUUCCUGAUUGGCUCAUAUCAGCUGGUUAAUUCUUCAUAAUCAGCUAGCGAUGACCAAAUUUGGACAAUAUUUGCCGAUAUCGGUACAAAUGACCUCAGUUGUACAGAUGUCGACAGAAAAAAGUACAUCAGAAGGCGCGGUAGCUGAGCUGUUUUGGCAGAGCUGUAGAAAAUGGCGGAAGAUGCGAAGGAGAAAUGCCCGAACUGCUGCCUAACAACAUAGCAUGAAUAGUAAAAAUCCUUUUCAACGGAUGACAACUGCUAUUAAAAUUUUUCUUCUAGGAUAAACAUCUCUUGAUAACCUGAAACUACGGAGUUAAAAGUCAUCUUUUAUUGACUGAGUUCGAAUUAUUUUAAAUGAAUAAUAAAGCAAUUAUUGUAUUGGGCAUUGCAUGGUAUGAUAUGAAUCAUACAGUAGCUGAAUCCAGUGAUUGCUAGUUAUUCUCUAGGGGCCAGUUGCAUAAAGUUCUUCGUAACUAGCAACGUUUGGUAUUGACAUGUAGAGUUGAGAAGGCUGAAUGUCAAAUGUUAGCAGCCACUGGCCCUAGGUCAUUUGUACGCCAGAGGACGGAAGCAGGGUGGUUAUUACCGUGAAUAAGAGAUUUCCGUUUUAAUACGCAAAAAAUGUAUCUUUCUUAAAUUAAUUAAGGUCAUUGUAUACAUUCUCUGUGCCGGUACUAGAAGAGUCUUCCUCCGGCUCAAAUACUUUUCGAAUUAUCAUAUGAACAGCAACGCAAACUGCGCAUUUAACCAAUAUACUUCCACAUAACGCCAUAACCCUGAUAACAUUACCAAAUCAAACUAGUGCGUAAUAAACGUAAAGUAUUGAAGCUGCUCAUUUCUUUUUUUGUUUUUUUUUCAAGCCGCUGAGUUGAUAGAGAAUAAAGGGAUAAUAUUUGAGGGCCAAACUUGGAUGUUCGAAGGAUGCACCUUUUACUUCCCUGGAGUACGUAAUUCAGAAUACUGUCCCUCGAUGACCAGGCCUGUCUGUUAUGUAUACAAUGGAGCUAUAUGCUGUGCUUCAGAAUGCUCAGGUAUUGCGUGUUUUUGUCUAAGCUGGCUCGCUCAUGCUUGAUCUAAUCCUAACAAUCAUUCCUUAGUUUAUUCGUUUAUGAGGUGUACUUUCACGUGGUGGCGUGCUUAUUAUGCUGAACAAGCUAACAUCGAGGUGGUUUUAACUUUCGCUACCCGUUACAAGCAGAGGUCCUCUUUUACGAUACAUACUGUCGUGCUACUAUUCUCACCUCAGUAAAUAUCGUGGAAAAGUAUUCUCUGCUCGCAGGGUAAACUUUCGAGGGGACUUUUAAAUGAAAUAUAAAUUGCAUGUGUUGUUCAAGAUUGUGGCGCUUGAUCUCUUACGUAAUGAUUUCCGGAAGCACAAGUUAAUUCUAGAACAAAAAUAUCAGUGGUCAAGUUAAGAAAUAGAAGCAUCCAGAAAGAUUAAGCAUUGUUGUUCACAUUUUCAUAAAUUUGGAGGGUUAGAGUAAUUGUUUUAUCAUGAUGUUAUGGCUUUAGAACCUAAAAGAAAAAGAGUAGGGAACUGGGGAAGAGGUAUUUAUAUUACCUAAUGACUUCGUUCUUGUCCUCCGUCUCAUUAAAAAGGACCAAAAGUGUAAUCAUAUCAGAAUUUAAACUAAUCCGUCAAGUAUGUGCUGAAACAGUGGCUUGUGGAAAGAAGAAAAAUUUCAAUUCUUGUACGGUUACAGGGGACACAUUCUUUUUAUCAUAAAGGUUAUGUAGUUUUUUGAUCAUUUUUUCAUGCAAAUGUGUUUAAAAGUGCCGCAUAUAGACAUUCCCAAUUUUUGGUAGCCAUUUUCUUUCAAUGACCGAUUUUCAUUGCAAUGUAGUCCCAGCCUCUUACUCAUGCAUACCUCUACUUUCAUCCUCUUUUCCUAGUGCUGGAGGAGAUAGGAAGUCAAAUGAGAGGAAACCUGACUUACUGUCCCAGUGGCCGUCAGCUGGAUUCAGAUAGCUCUCGAUGCAGAAACGCAACCAAUUGCUCACGAAAUAUUGAUAUAGAUAAUUGUUCAUCAGGUGCAGCCUCGUUAUACUCAAUCCGUUAAAUCAUUGACCACUGCAGAGGUCUCUCUUUUUCUCGUUUUAGAUUUUAAACCUUAUAGAACCAAUUCUGGUCACUCUCUAAUAAAAGCAUUUACCAUAUCAGCAAAGACGGACUUUUGAAAAUUGUUACUUUACAGAGAAAAACAAUCCUUUUUAUCAUCGCAGGAAAUUAAAGAAAACUCAAGACUGCUACAGGUUUCGCCUAAAGCCUAAACUAGUAAUCUUCCCGAGAAAAUAGCCGCAUAUUUUUUCUUAUCUGUUUCCAUUUUAUUAUCAGCUGUCACGUGUCAAGAUGAGGACUUCAAUCAGUACUUUGAAGGGACCACGUGGUCUGUUGGUCCCUGCAUGAAGUGCUCAUGCGCGCGGAGAAAGAUUCAUUGUUCCAGAACAGUAGAAUUUGUAUCAUUCCUUCGGCUUUCGGAGAGUUUACCGACUGAUCAGAAAUUCAUCGAACACUGCAACCAGACGAAUUGUAAUGUGGCCUCCUUUGUGAAAGAAAAUAAAGGAAUAUGUUAUGGUAAGUUAGGCGUAUAGCCCUAAAACACUUACGCUGCAUGUAGUUGUUUGUAGUACAAGUUUACCAAGCUUACUAUUCCUAUUUUAUCUCGCUCCGGAACACAUAGCGUCAUGAAACGUUUUUUUUGUGUGUAUUUGGUUUGUGUGAUUCAAAUCUGGCCAAAGCGGUGUUAGAAUCCUGACGUUUGAUCUGUUAAAAAAAUAAUUAAAAUAAUAUUUUUUUAGCUAGUGGAUUGAUUUGAAAUAGACCACAAAGGGAGUUUUAGCUGCGUUCAUUGUAGAGAUGUGCCUCAACGACAUUGGGUGGCAAGGUAACCUAACCGUGGUUGGGGUAUUAUAGGAAUAACUAGCCGAGCUCCAAAAAAAUCGCAGAGAGUGGUAUCGUGGUAAUCAGUCAACCGUGUUUCCUAUCCAGGGGUCCGGGAACCAGAAGGAACGGGUCAAGGAAGUGGAAAAGGACUUCGAUCUUAAGGACCUUGGGGUUUCGUGUGCAGCGUGAUCAAAUGACGGGUGAGAUCCAGUUCUACCAGAAAUGUUCGAAAUGUUCGCAACUAUUACCAUUUCUGGUUCCUCUCUAGCUGACCUUGAACAAGAGACUAACUUAGAACUACUGAACCUUCACUGUUGGCUAAAAGCUAAUAAGCUUAGUCUUAAUGUUGCGAAAACCGAAAUUAUGGUUAUUGGCUCUCGCCAGAAGCUUCUUGCGGAAAGCCAUAACGAAAUAAACAUCAAACUAGAAGACCAAGUUAUCAUCAAUGUUGAUCACGCAAAAUCAUUAGGUCUCAUUAUCGACAAUCGGGUUUCCUGGUCUAAUCAUGUUAACGAAUUGUGUAAGAAGGUAACUUCGGCUAUAGGUGCCCUUAGACGUAUCAGGCCCCCUAUCUCCCAAUCUACUGCGGUGCUAGUCUAUAACUCCUUAGUUCAACCUCACUUUGAUUACUGUAGCCUCGUUUGGGAUGGCUUAAGUGAUCAACUGAGUCACAAAUUACAAAAGUUACAGAACCGUGCAGCUAGAGUAAUUUUAAAGGCCAACUAUGGGACUAGCUCGAGCCCGCUUCUUGAUAUACUCAAAUGGGACAAAUUAGUUAUAAGGAGAAAGAAGCAUAAAGCAAUAAUGAUGUUUAAAUCUCUAAAUGAACAAGCUCCAGUGUACUUGCAGAACCUAUUUCACGAACGGAGCACAGACUAUGAUUUGCGCAAUUCCUUUCAUAAAUUGACGUUGCCCAGGCCACGUACUAACUACUUGAAACGAAGUUUCAGUGACAGCGGUGCUUUGUUGUGGAACUCUUUACCUGAAAAUGUGAGAGAAAUUAAAUCAGUCAGGAAAUUUAAAGAGCAAAUCAAUCAUCUAUUUGAGUCGUCGGACUCUCACUCGGCAGUCUUGUAAAACAGUAUGUCGAUAGUUUUUAGUCUAAUUAAUUGUAAUUAGAUUUUUACUCUAUUAUUACUGAAGAUUUUACCGAGUUUUAAAUAUAGAAUCUGCCUACCUACCUAGUCAAUGAUUUGGUUCCUGGGGGUAGUUGGCUUGGAUAUGGCCAGUGCCGCCGGCUAAUGGUAGGUAGGGGCUUCGCGCUGUCUUUAGAAGCUAUUGUCGCGGAAUGUGAAUGUUCUUUAUUUUUAAGGAGUCAAGAGUUGUAAGGCCCAGUUUGAUUUUUCUCACCCCUUCGUAGUGAAAAGAACGCUCCGUUGACCAUUUGUUGAAUCCUGUGAGUACCAUAAGAAGCAUAGUCGCAAUUCUUUAAUAUGACAGCAUAUCACGUUGAAAAUUCAGUCCGAGACAAUUGAUGAAAUAAUUUGGCUCACCUCACUCUGGAGUAAAUAUCUGGAGCCACUCUUGAGGAUCCAAUGUCUAUUGAGGAGCCCAAAAUCUCACUGAAGAUUUUUUUAAUUUGAGAGGUUGUGUUACAGAAACAUUUGGCGUUGUCACGUUGUGAUUUAAGCUUUGCGAGUUGUAUAUCCAUUCGUUGAAUUUGUAAGGUCUCGGUUUCUUUUUGCGGUGCGAGCUUUGCGAUUUCGUAGGAAAACCUGUCAAGAUGGCCAGGUUUAGUUUUAGUUUCUUUUUCGUGUAGCAGAGGUGGUGGGGAUGACUGUGUUUUGCAGGCAAGAUGAUGUCGCAGCUGUUUUUUUGGUUCUCACUGAUCAUUGAUCGAGAGAAGGAAGUUCACUUCGGUGUCGAAAAAUUUCAUAAAAGGAAUCCCAGACGAAGUCGUCACUAAGAUGACUGGAAUAAGUAGCGCGCUGAGGUUUCCUUAUGUCCUUAACAGCUUGGAUGAAGGCCUGAUGAAGUAUCAGGAACCUAAGGAUCACAAGAAAUGACAGCCGAAACUUGCGUGUUGCUUCAGUUAUUUUAGUCAGUUUAUAUAGAAGCGGUAAUGAGCUCAGUGACAAUUGUAAGCCUGUGUUAAAAGGUUUAUAACGUCGUAAUCUGUGCAAAUCUCCUCCCAGUGGAUAAAAAAUAGACAAAAAAAUUUCUGGUAUUAAAUUCUUCACAAAAUUAUAGCCUUUUAAGGUGAUUCCCUGGUUUUGCACUGCGCAUCUCUUACUGCGCAUAACAAGAUGGCCGCCGUAAAAAAGUGCAUGUGAAAUAACCUUACUAAAAUGAGUUGACUUGAGAGAAACGCUAUUAGAAUUUUUGCUUACUGUUGUUUCUUGCCGAGGUGAGACUCAAUGUGUUGGGAAUGUGCAUAACGUAAGCAGUACGCGUGUUGCUGAGUUCGACUUCCUCUCGGAAAACGUCGAUAGUGGAUGUUUAACUUGUGCUUACUUACUUUGAUUUUCAUUUAAACGCUCUCUUUAUCACAUUGUGUCCUAAAUGUGAUAUCUCGAUGUAAAUACUGUAAAAACGGAUUUUUUAAUACUUUUUUCCUCCUUUCACAUACAUUCUAUUUUGAAACUCGCCCCAGUCCUCUCUCAAAAUCGGAGAAAAUGCAUUUGGUGCGCACUUUCUGCAGCUCUACCGCAAAAACGAGUUCGGUGACCCCCAUUUUUUAUUUCAUGAUUUUAAUAAGGACAGUGCUUCCUUUCGGUGAGAAAAAAAUUGGCACAAAUCUAUGUUAAGUUUUUUGGCAAUUUUACUAAAUUGUACGGAUUGAGCUAUCACGGGUCGAAUAGAGCGUGUCCAAUUUAAUUCUACUUUGAAGCGUAAAGUAAAAACAAGGGCAUUAACAGGCAUUUUUCUGGUAGGUAAGUGGAUAAACAAUACGUUAAAGUCAAAUUCUGUGCAAUACCACAUGCAUCAUCGAAAAAAUCUCUCCUUUUGUCUAAUUUUGGGCUGCGCGCGGUUUUUGUAAAAGGGUCCUAAAUAGCCGUAUUUGUCAGCAUUGUGACGUCAAAACGAGUACGGUGACCCCCACUUUUUAUUACUUUUUUAUCAUCUUCUUGACUUGUUACAUCAGUGAACCAAGUUCCAUCUACAAUCUGUGUUACGUUCUUUUACUAAGGAAUCACCUUAAAUUGAUCUAUCUUUGAAAAGUAAAUAAUCAUAUAUUUGUGUUAAAAAAAUGAAUUGAACGAAACUUUUUCAUGUUAAGCUUGCAGAUGGAAUGGUAAAUUGUAUUACGAUGGUGACCACUGGAAAGAAAACGGCAUUGACUUUUACUGCAGCAGUUCAGGACAAAAAGUAAGGCCAGGUUGCUAUGUUGAAAACAGACGAAUAUCAUGCACUGGAGCAAUACCAGGUUGGUUUUGGGAUUAUUUUUUAAAAAUGUUUCGGUUUUGAUGAUUAUUACGUCAGCAGUGGCAUUUGAACAGUGAUAAACACUUUUGUUAAAUUUCAGUAGCUGUCCACGAUAAUGCUUCAUAAUGCUCAUGAAGGCUCCCCAGUUCACUUCGUACGAACUCACAGGAAAAACCACUUUUGAUAGACUUCAAUGUGGGAGACCUUCAUGCCAACUGGAUAUUAUAUCCAGGUUAAUCUUUUUCUUAUCGGCCUUUGCUGAUAUUUUUGGAACAUGAAUGGAUGCUGGCUCCCCCCCCCCCCCACCCCAAAAACCCCCCCCCCCCCCCCCCCCCCCUCCCCCAAAAACUUUACAGGCUCAUGCACCUCCCACAGCAGCCCAACCAAAGAAAAAAACACAAAACCUUUGUUUUUCUUAGACAACACAAGUGUGCAUUUACCUACAAAACAUACUCCACAUUAUGUUCUCUUCGUAUGUUCGCAGAAGAAAAAACGCUUUUGAUAGACGUCAAUGUGGGAGUACUUCAGGCCAACUCGAUUUUAUAUCCAGGUUAAUCUUUUUCUUAUCGGCCUUUGCUGAUAUUUUUGGAACAUGAAUGGAUCCUGGCACCCCCCCCCCCCAACCACAAAAACCCCCGACCUCCCACUCCUUAAUUUCUAGGAAAACUUUGAGGGUUAAUGGUCCUUCCAGAGAUGCCAAAGCCAAGGUAAUUCACGUGACCUUAUGUUUUCAUUAGACAUUCAAAUUACGUCAUGGCCUCAAACAGAUCCCCCAUCUUAAACUUUCACGUGUUCAGAUACUCAAAGAUAACCAAUCGGAACAAAAUAUUCGCCUGCAGACAAAGUGUACAAGGCGUUCUUGCAGCCCAAGGACACUCGGUCUUACCAAACAGUUGCGGAAACAUUCUUAAUCACUACUUCUCUUCUUAAUUCGAAAUGGUGGUGGGUGAAAGGUCUGCGUCAAAUGCCGGACUUCACAUGAUCCCACAUGAUCCUAACUUAUUGCUUUUGAGAAAAAUAUAUUUUGCUCAUGACAUGGUGUUUCGAGACGGGAUUUUCACUCAAACAACGUUCAAGCCAGCAUUAUUAGGCACCACUACAAAUUAAGGCAUUUAAUUUUGCUCAAUUUAUUGAACGAGUGGGACGUAAAGACCUUGUUCUCGACUAAUUCACGCUCAGACCGCUUCGAAGUUUUAGCUGUUUACCGUCGUAUGAGUAAGCAUGCCACAAUUGAUGUUUUCACCGCCUUCCAAAAUGGACAUGCCAGAAGAUUAAGCAUCCAACUGGAAGUUUUUUUAAAGACAACUGAAAGGACUACGCUUCUACUACGAAACUGGAUCAGAAAGACAAAACCAAUGUCGCUGCCACGCUGUUAUCGAUUAUUGGAGGAGGAUGUCUUCAUGUCUGCACCAAUCUCCCUGUGACCGAAGAAGAAAGAUGCUGAUGUUAUCCUCAGGAAACUUAACAAGUAUUUUGUGGUUUAAGGAAAGCAAGCGAGCAAGAUACAAGAAACAUGUUGCCUACAGUUUUGCAAUCGCAAUUUGAAGGGGAACAGUGGAAUAUUCAGGAGUUCAUAGCGCUUCGCUUGAAGAUGGAAUCGUUUUCCCUGCAGCCAGCGUUUAAUUCUUAUUUAGUGGAUGUUACCUCCAAGUCUGAAACUAGAAAAAAACGCCCUCUUAACCGGCCAGGAAUAUAAAGGUGAUAUUCAGAUAAAGACAUGUGAACUUUCAUUUGUAUUAUUCUGUUUCUGAGCUAAUCCUUUCCAUUGAGACUAGCUCUGGAUGUACCCCAUAGGCAGCACGAAACUGCAAAGCUAAUGCUUUGAGAAACAAAGUACAAUUCGAAAUUGUUAAACCUGCGUCGACAUGUAAACUUUUAGAAAGAGCCUCUGAAGCUUAGAAGCUUAUAUUCACCACAGCAGCGGCCAACGUCCACUUAGUCUAGAGCAAAUCCUUUAUGACUAUCGAGAUGUAUUCAUAGUCUUGGUCAGCUACCUGCUACCUAUCACAUAGACAUGCAUCUCAAUGCCAAAUCCGUCCAAGAAAACCCAAAAUGCGUGCCUGUUCCAGACGAGCUAAAAAGCAAGAAUAAGAGCUGAAGAACCAUGGUUGUUAUUGCUAAAGUGACAAAGCCGACCCCCUAGAUCAGUAAUUAGGUUACAGGGAGAAAUCUUAAUAAACUAAGACUGUGUCUAGGUCCUGUACAUCUGAAUAAAGGGAAUUUGUCAGAAACGAUUAUGCAACACCUAACGUGUAGGAUAAUGCACCUAAGCUAACUAAAACUGAAGUCGUCUCUGUUGUAGAUGCCAAAGAAUUAUUCCGACGAGUUGUCCCAGGUGAACUCUCUGCGUACUCCACGACCUCUUGAACACUCUGUUUCGUGAUCGGUAGCUACAAAUGUCCUUUGGAACCAAACCUGCGCUCGAGAAAUUCAAAAGGCGACGUAACAAAUACCUUUAAGGUCUAGAACACAUCUCAGUGAUCUAAUAUAUGAUCUAAAAAACAAAUACGCUUCAAGCCCGAUAAAAAACAAACAUAGGCCACAUACUAAGAUCAGAACGUCUUCAAGCUGCCGCUAAAGUGUCCCGUUCAACAACUGUAUAAGAGGGUUCAACGACUGAUAGGAGUAGUUACCUACCUUUCCAAGUUCCUGCCACAGCUCAGCGCCGUAUGCAAACCCCUCUGUGGCCUAACAGACAACCAAUCUUUCAAUCCUCAUAAGCCCCAAACGCCUUUAUCGAUAAGACUGCGACUACACAAGUAUCCCUUAAAGGUUUUGUACAAGUGCGGCCCUCGAAUGUUCACUAGUGACACUUUCCCGAGCUGCUCUUCCCUAAACUCGUAACCAAAACAGACUCACCUGAGUCCCUGAUAUUUCAAUUCAGCCAAGACGACAGUUUUCGCAAAGAACUUCAAGGGACCAACCAGGAAGAAGCAGUCUUCGUCAUAGACAGGCGUCUGGAGCAAAUCCGUCUAAAAAACAGCAAGGUCACCUCAGUUCAAAUUCUUAUGUCACUGAUUAUGAGCGGAUGGCCAGAUAAUAAAUUGCAAUCCCCUUCUGCGUGGGCGAGAGUGUUCUUGCAGAGAUUACCUUGCCACUCAGAAUAGACCAGUGUGACGCGGGAAAAGAAUUAUCAUUCCCACCCAAUAUGAAGCGCGAUGAUGAUUGCUUGCGUAGCAAGCGUUUCCAUUCGAGUUAUUGCGCGAAAGUUGGAGCAAGAGUUUCAUUUCCCCUUCAUUCCUCCUUUUUGCUCUCGUCCCAACUUUCUCUAUGAACUCGCAAGAAAUCGUCGCUACGCAGGUUACGAUGAUGAUGGCAGCCAUUACCUGAUUGUGGUCGAUCUCUACUUAGAUUACAUUGAGUUAGCUGCACUCUCUAACCUCCGCCACUUUUAUCGAGCAGCUCAAGCAAGUUUUUACCGUCCAUUAAAUUCCUGUCACACAGAUCCUAAUCGUGAUUCAAUUAUGGCAUUUACAUACAAGAUCUGCCUUGUCCAGGGGUAUCUAUCUGAUCGGUUUAUUAAGCGCUCAUCUAUAUUAACUCGCAGAACUAGAAACUCACAGUUGUUAAAUAUUCCUUUAUUUAGAUCUGCAACUGGCCGAAGACCUUAUAGAAUAGUAUCUCUUUGGAACGCUCUACCGCAAAAUAUCAAGUUAAGUCAAUCGCUUGCGCAAUUUAAGACUAUGCAUGAUGACGAAAAGACUUCUAAUAAACUCUAACUGAAUUUAUAACAUCACAGAACACAACUAGCAUAAGAACCCAGUAAUAAAUACCUUAAUCAGUAGGUACUUAAUUAAUCCAACCUCCUGUAUUUUAAGUUUUAGACAGCAGAAUCUUUUUAUGUCUUGUUUUAUUUCAUGUCAUUCCAUUUUGUUAACUAUUUCACUGAAAAUCCCCGUGGGGACGUGAAAAAAUGUAUGUAUGUAUUGUGCCUCUGUGUAAUUCUGAAAUUUUGCUCGUGACUGGGACAUCCAACAUGUCACGUUCUGCGAGCCUGAAUAGUCAAGAAAAUGGAGUCCAUCAUUAGUAAAGCCAACAAUCAAGAAGAAGAUCUAUGGAAGGCUAUCACUGAAUGGAUAAAUUUAUCCACUCCCUUAUAAGGCAGUUCUCCAGUCCAGCGCCUUAUGUCACAGAGAAGAAGAUCAUGUUUGCCGUGCAAGGAAUCGCUGUACAAACCUGAAGUCCAGUCCACAGUGACAUCUCAAGCGAUGCGCAAAAGAAAGCGUUCCUGGCACUAUCAUGACCAUAGUGCAAAAACUACGUAGUCUAGCAAUUGGAAAACCAGUGCGAGUUAAGGCACCCUAAGCGACUGGAAGCCUAGAGUGUUAUAGAAAAUAUAGCCCCUAGCAAUUGUCUCGUUAAGGGAAAUGUAGGCACCUAGUUGCAGAAACCGCAUCCACCUGCGUGAUAUGCAAUUCCGUCUAAGCCAGACAUUCUACCUGUUCAAUAAACGGGCCCAAGAGAACCUCCUCAGUCCCAAAAUCUGAUAAACUAUAACAACAAAACGGCGACUUGAUUUUUUUGUCUUUGCUCUUUUGUUAUUAUAAUUUGUUUUCGGUUUAGACAGUAGGAUUUGGAUGUCACCAUAAUUAUAAGACGUUCCCGCAAGCUGACGCUGCGCAGACCACUGACCCAUCCGAGAGCAGACCUGCCAACGGAGAUCAGCAUCUCAGCAACCAGCCAUUACAUUUUAGUACAAGUUUUUCAUGACGCAUGUACCUUUCCCUCGGAAGAAAGAUGUUAUGCAGUGCAUGUAUUACGUCACAUCCUGAAAUUAAAACUGGCGUUCACCAUGUGCUCGCCUAGCUCAGUCGUAUCAAUAUAAUACCAAAACGCUGUCUAUGGGUCACCCAGCAUGGGAAUCCCUUCAUCUCAAAAAAGUGCCAAAAUGGGACGUAAUGGAUGAAGAUCGGAACAGGGAUUGAUAGAGGGUCCUAUUUAUGAAUCCAUUGUAAAGCCUGUGGUUUUCCGGUCAUGUCCUUGAAGAUCUUCUGCGGAUAGGAAGGGGACCUUCACUUGUACAACGAAUUCUUUUAUUUCAACUUUAGUCCGAACGUCGCUGUCAACAGAAAUAAAAAAAAAAACAAACAAAAACAAAAAAAGACUGAACAACCGUUUCUCUGACUUUCUCUUGAUCCUUCCCUUAGCAAAUAUCUAGAGUCAACCUUUAUACAAGACACUGUACGACGGCAGUUAUGGAGAAUAAGAGAAAAUGUUUGCAUCGACCGCUUAUAACAUCUGUAGUUCCAGUUUUCGUUUUUUUAAAUGCCUAGAUUCGCUUUAUUAUUUACCCGACCAGCGGUAUUUUACUUAGGCCCAGGACCGUGCGGUCGUAAACAGGUGAAAAGGUGCUCGCCUUGUUUGUGCUAAGUUUUAGGUUGUAUUUGUUUUUGCAUUUAGUAAUCGGUUUUCAUCGUACUCGCCGGACGUCUUAACACGUGUUUGUAAGUUUCCUUUAUAAGCGUUUUCUGUAUUUCGUCGGUUUAGAGUGUUAGUGUAAGUUUUUCAUUUUAUUUCUGUAAUUUUCAUGCAUUUUGUAUUCCAUCUAGAAACCAUGCUUAUCGUGAAGUUGGUUACCGUAGAUGAGUUUGACACGUAACAUCUCCAUGUAGUUCCGAAUUAAAGGUUGUGGUGUUUUGGCGGCUACAACUUGUUUCCCACCAGAUUCAUCUUUAAAUAGAUGCGUUUACUCAACGUUCUUUCUCCUUUCGUUUUGUCAGGUAAAGGGUGCUUUCUAACACGAGAUUUCACCCUUGGCUCUGACGUCAGUAGCGUUGGAAACGGACACCACGGCUUCGGCCAAAUGUUUGCCAUUGAAGCGUAAGCUGCAGGCCCCCGUUCCACGCUUUGAAGAAAAAAAAAUUUCUAACAUUUCGCAGUUUUUCUAUUCAAAGCCUUGUUGUUUUGGUGUCUUUUGUCUGUGAAGCUGCACCGUCUUGCUAUCAACUUAACGAUCUUUCCUUUAUAACUGUGGCAACGAGGAACACUCAUAACUGAUUUCUUAUUGGCGCUUGUUCUUUCGCUCUCCCAGCCUCCUCUCAACAACAACAACUUUAUUGCAUAUGAAACAACUAACAAGGAAAAAAUUAAAGUAGGCUGAAAAGGAAAAAGGAAAUAUUUCACGCAACCCGCCGUUAGCUUAAGCUAAUCGAGGCCGUAAUGAAGUAGCUUGAAGUGGACUAGAAAGAAAAAUAAGAAAAACAAGACGUUGCAAUAACGUUGCGUGGAGAACAAAAUUUGAAGUUUAAAUUGAUACCCUGCACGGCGUAAUCAUUUGAUAAGAAUAGGGAAAUUUAUUAAAUACGUUACAUCUAUUUCGAAGAAUUUGAGUAUUGUCUUUGAACUUAAGUGUCGACUUUAACAUGGUCGCCCCUAUCCAAAAGAGUAUCGAUUAGAAAUCUGCGGAAUUUUCGGUCAGAUCAACAGGAAUUAGGUUCCUUACUUUUGUUUCAGUUCUUGAAAAUGAACGUUUGAAAAUUUCUAACUUAGCUUAUUUCUGAUAAUAAUUACCUUUGAUAAUAAUUACUUAGCAUGCCUAUUAUUGUAUCUGUGAAUUUCAUUUGACCUAGUGAAAUGAUUUCUUUAACGGCCAAAGAGCAAGUCCCUAUCAAAUAUCAUGCAUCAAAUUCGCUACGUUAUGAAAUUAGAUCAUACUUACAGGUUAAAAUGAGAAUAACUGGGAGCUAAUAUCUUGGGAAAAGAAUUAUUGCAUCUUUUGUAAAUGAAUGGUCAGUCAAAGCCGUCAGUAAAUUCAACACUCUGGUUUCAGGACUACAAGACUUGUCAUUAAUAUCAAGACACGCCCUUUUUCUGUGCGACAGUGGUGAUGAGAUAAGGUCACUUAGUGACAGAUGUAACAUUAAACCUGCAGAAUGCGCCGACCGUUCAGAUGAGAAGGACUGUAAUAAAUGUAAGUUACAAGUACAGUGUGUUUGCCUAAAAGUAGACAUAACCCGAGACGGAAAGGACAAACAGUGAUAAAAACAUGAGCUAUUUGACAAUCGCCAUGAGCAUCAGCCGAUUGUUAUAUCUUUACAUGGGCACAACUGUGACCUGACUGUGGCAGCAAAAGGAGCAUUAUGGUAAUGAAACCGACUUCUGAUUUCCCUAACAUAUAAAGGUAUAAAUUACCCUGUCUUUAUUAUCCAUUGAACUCAGAUAAUGUUUCGUAAUAUAAGUUUCAAAUGUACCAGCUUAAGGGAGUUAUCAAACGCUAUAGAAAUUAUUAAAUUAUGCGCCGUGCUUUGCUCAUUUUGCCUCGCCCUGUUUUUGCAGACUUCUGUCCUUAUGAGAUAGCUCAUGGAUUUCUUUGGAAUAGAACACAAGAAGACAAAGAAGUUAUAAGACAGUGUUCAUUAAUAAACUCUUCGUGGAUAGGUAAAUGUCUCUCAUGCUGUUCUUGCUGUUCAACGCCUCCCUAUGAGCCUUUUUAUCGCCGUUCGUUCUUGUUUUGGUUGGUGUGACAAAAUAACGGAGUAGGCACUUCCUAUUCGACCUAAGAUUCAAAUGAAAUCGAAAUUACCUGAAAAAAUUGUCCUCAAAGUUCAAAACUUGGAAGACGUUUAAAAAUGAAUCAUUCAACCAAAAAUUCUGUUAAUACUGGCAACUUUAAAGCAUGGAGCGGCGGCAAUUUUCCGGAAAAAAGUUUUAAAAAUUUUGGAAGAUACCCUGGAUGUUUCCAUUUUUUGGAAAAUGCUCAAGCGGAAAGAGCCCACGUAAACGGUCUCUUGGCGCGAAAUGCUAGUGUAGUAAAAUGUGAACACGCUUAAUACCCGUGUUACGCUCAGCAAACACCAAACUUUAACUGGGAUUGACCAAAGUAAAAAAUAAUGGUUUUGACUAAACCACAUAAGGAGCGGUGUUGAUGAUCCUCGAUAGCUAUCUUCCUACCUUAUUUCAGUUAAAAGUGAAAUCUGAAAAGGUCAUUCAUUUUUUAGUUGUAUACCGAAUGUUAAUACAAAGAGAAAGUUUUUAGCGUCGUACAAUGAUGGAAGGCUUGAUCUCGCUUACACGUAGCUUUUUUGUUCAUCAACUAGGAGAG